AUGGAACCUACGCACGAGUUUGUCUAUCAUGUCGUCCAUGUACGUGAAUCAGACGAUGAGGGGAACCGUGAAGACGAUUCUAUCGAUGGUAGGUGUAUGCGUAUGGAAAGUAUUGCAGCUACCGCUAUCAUCCAUUACGGAGCCUGGCAAGCUUUAUCAAGCUACCUAGCGCUCAUUCACAGCCCGAGCUUUCUCAACGCAUUAGGUGUGGGGGAGAGAGGAGGUGGCCAGAAACAGAUUAAUUCCGAAGGGUGUUUUCUUGAUUGGCAGGUUGCGUUGCGUCGUGUCAUGGCAACAGGGUUGGUGAUAAUUGUUCCGGAGGAAGAGACGCAACUUGGCAACGUACACUCUACGGCUUCUAGAUGA